CACCGGAGGCCGGGCGGACACGCGCCUCCGCGGCGGAAUAUAUUUGUGACCCGGCCAUUCUCGAGAACGCCUCGCGUCGACCCUGCUGAACAAGGAACGGACCUGACCCGCUCCGUUUGAUCGACCGGUCAUGAACAUCGAGGGUAAAGUCGCGCUCGUCACCGGCGGGGCGAACGGAAUUGGCUUCUGCACCGCCCGGAAGCUUCUUCGAAACGGGGCCAAGGCGGUAGCUUUGCUAGAUCUGAACGAUUCCGGCGGCGGAAGCGCAGCCGCGGACCUGAACGAUGAAUUUGGAAAGGAUCGAACGAUUUUCGUCGCCUGUGACGUCUCCAAGAACGAACAGCUGAAAGAGUCGUUCAAGAAAGUUAUCGACGCUUACAAGACCCUGGACAUUGUCCUAAACAUCGCGGGCAUCAUGGACGACGCUGAUUGGGAAAUUAUGGUCGACGUUAAUUAUAAAGGCAUAGUUUACGGUACGAUUUUGGGACUGCAUUCUAUGGGGAAAUACAAAGGCGGCAAUGGCGGAACGAUAGUGAAUAUGUCAUCCGUGGCUGGCCUCGAAGGGAUUCCGAUAGCACCGAUUUAUGGCGGAACACAGUACGCGAUCGUUGGAUUCACUCAAUCAUUGAAGCAUUAUUACGAGAAAACUGGCGUACGUAUGUUGACGAUAUGUCCCGGCCUGACGACCACAGCAAUGGCUGCCAGAUUCAUGUCCACUAAAGAGCACGCUAUGGACCUCCUCGACGAAGAAAUGGCGGCAUUGGCGAUGACCACCAUGCAAAAACAACCGCCGGAGCACGUGGCGAGCGCGAUCAUCCAAUUGAUCGGGAAGGGAGAGAACGGGGCAAUUUUCGUGAGCGAAAAUAACCAAGCACCGUACGCCAUCGAAGUACCUGGCUAUGCUAACCUGAAGGUCACCGCAACCAUGGACAACAUUAAGAACAAGAAUGUUUUGAUCACUGGCGCCGCCAAGGGACUCGGAUUGGCGUUUGCGCAAAAUCUACUGCAAAAUGGAGCGAAGGCAGUUGCCAUUCUCGAUUUGAGCACCUCGCCCGGCGAAAAGACGGCAGCCACUUUGGAAAAGGAAUUCGGAAAAGGAAAAGCAAUAUUUUUCCCCUGCGACGGUGGCGUGAUCCAAGGUUCUUUGCUCGCCAUUGACCACAUGGGCAAACACAAGGGCGGCAAAGGCGGCGUGAUAGCGAAUGUCGCGUCGAUUGCGGGUCUACUUGUCUUGCACAAGAGCCCGGUAUAUUGUUCUACUAAACAUGCAGUCGUUGGAUUCAGUCGUUGCUUGCAGGAUAACUACGGUCAAACCGGCGUUCGUGCCCUCGUGUUGUGUCCUGGCUUCACCGACACGUCGAUCCUGAAAAAUAUAAGUCAAAAAGGGCUUGAUUUCAUCGAUAAUGAUGCAAACAAGACAUUUUAUGAUUACACGUUGCAGUCGGCCGACCACGUGGGAAAGGCCAUGGUGGGUCUGAUUCAGAAAGGAGGAAACGCUGGUAUUUGGGUCGUCGAGAAUGCAGAACCACCCUACGCCGUUGAAAUUCCUCCUGCCAAGCGGAGCAUGGACAACAUUAAGAACAAGUCUGCCGUGAUCACAGGAGCCGCCAGAGGACUUGGUUACGCGUUUGCACAGAUACUGCUGCAAAAUGGAGCAAGGGUGGUGGCCAUUCUAGAUUUGACCUCUUCGUCAGGUCAGGCGUCGGCGGCCACUUUGGAGAAAGAGUUCGGGAAAGGGAGAGCGGUGUUCUUCCCUUGCGAUGUGUCCAACAGAGAACAAUUCAAAGAAACGUUCAGGAGAGUUGUGAACGCUUUCAAAGGCGUGGAUAUUUUCAUUAACAACGCUGGUGUAUACGACGAACUGAAUUGGGAGAGGACUCUUCGUAUAAAUGUUGGUGGAGUGAUCCAUGGAUCGUUGUUGGCCAUAGAUCACAUGGGCAAACACAAGGGUGGCAAAGGUGGUAUCGUGGUGAAUAUUUCGUCGCUUGCUGGCUUGUUGAACCUACCUAUAAGCCCGGUCUACUCUUCCGUCAAACAGAACGUCAUCUCGUUCAGUCAGUGUUUACAGGCGAGUUUUGAGACCACCGGCGUUCAUGUAAUGGUGCUGUGCCCUGGCCUGACGGAAACGACGAUCACGGACGACGCGUCGAUGAAGUCGUUCGAUUUUAUCGAUUUCGCCUCGUGGAUGGAGAAGCUGAAUGCUGCAAGCCAUCAGAAGCAAUCAGUGGGCAAUGUGGCUCGAGCCCUGGUCACUCUGAUCCAGAAAGGCGAAAAUGGCGCCGUUUGGGUCACCGAGAACGAACAACCACCCUAUGGCAUCGACUUCCCCCCUAUCAACCGAAGACCUGCGGAUAUAAAUAUUCAGCCUAAUUUUCACGACAACAGAAACGACGCUACGUUCUUCGACAACGUGUCUAAACGCGAUCAGUCAGAAACACGAUCAUUAAUUCGUCAGAAUAUGGAGAACGUUAAGGGCAAGACUGUUUUGAUCACCGGCGCCGCCAUUGGGAUAGGAUACUCGAUCGCGCAGAAACUGUUGCAAAAUGGAGCUAGGGCUGUCGCGGUUGUCGAUUUGAGCACCUCGUCUGGCCUGAAAUCCGCGAGCAAUUUGGAAAAGGAGUUCGGGGCAGGAAAAGCAACGUUUUUCCCGUGCGAUGUGACCAACACCAAACAAUUCGAAGAGACUUUCAAGGAGGUCGUGAAAGCUUUCCAGGGUGUGGACAUUGUUAUUAACAACGCUGGAAUAUUUAAUGACCAAGCCUGGGAACAGACGAUCGAUCUAAACAUCAGUGGCGUCGUUCAAGGCUCGCUUCUCGCCGUGAAUCACAUGGGUAAACACAAGGGUGGCAAAGGAGGAGUCAUAGUGAACGUUGCAUCGAUCAUUGGCCUGUCGAUCUUCCCAGGAUGCCCAGUAUAUUGCGCAAGCAAGCACGCCGUGGUCGCGUUCAGUCGUUCUUUGCAGGAGCACCACCAUAAGACUGGCGUUCGAGUUUUGGUGUUGUGCCCUGGCUUCACGAAUACUACGUUGCUGGCUACCUACCAGACGAAGAUGCUCGAUUUCGUCAGUAACACGGACGUUCAGAAAUUGGUCAGCGACCAUCCGUUGCAGUCGGCCGAAAACGUGGCGAAUGCUUUGGUCAGUCUCGUCCAGAAUGGUCAGAACGGAGCUGUCUGGGUCAGUGAAGGCGGAGAACCGCCGUACGAUGUCGAAUUCCCGCCAGUCAAGAAGGUGAAUCACUGAGGACGUUAAACGAACAAAAUUAUGCACGUUAAUCGAUGGAGAACCAUUUGUAUUUUUACAUUAAUUUAUAUUAGAAUAUUGUUCCAUUUAAAUAAAUUACAAAC